AUGGCCACGGCCACCGUCCUCGCACCGAGCGCCCACUACCCAACUCAGACCUCGUACUCGUCCGGCUACCCCCAGCAUCCUCCGCCCGCAGCCGCCAACUCGAGCAACAUGAUGACCACGGAGCCGCGCCGAUCAUCCGACGACAACGAGUCGACCGGUCGCCAGUCGCUACCGUCCAUUUCCGAGGUCAUCUCGGGCGCGCGACCUGGCCAGUAUCCGCCAGCCCACGCUGGCUUGCAGUCGGGCCCGGGACUGCCCUCUCCCUUCACCCAGGCCAACCACCAGUAUCCUGAAGCCGACAAGCGAUCCUCCCCGCAACCUGUGCAUCCGGCGUCGGGCUUUCCCCAAAGACCGGAGCCUCUACCCGCCCUCACGGACUCGCCACGGCCGCCUUUCACCGGCCGCCACAGCCUGCCGCCGGUGUCUGACCGACGUCCCACGCCUCCAGCCAAAUCCGAGAUUGCACACCAGCAUGCCGCGAAGCCGUCCGACUCACAUCCCCAGAACGGCGCCUAUGCACACCCGCCGCCGCCGCCUCCCCCGGCACCGACUUCUCAUCCAACCUCGCACCCAUACCAGCCAGGUCAGCUCCCACCUGGCCAGGUGCCGCUCCCUAACUACCCCAUCUCGCCACGCCACGGUGUCCCGAUUGCCCCUGGCCACUACGAUCCCCGCGGCCAGCCUGUGCAUCCCGACGAUGCAGACUUCGCCAACCGAGCACGAUACGAUCCGUCGUUGAGCCGGCACUUUGAGACGUGGAACUACCAGGACUCCUUGAGUCGAAUUGGGUCCUCCUCCCGCACCAUCUUCAAUUUCGCCGAAGCAUAUACCCGAAUCGCACGGGAGCAACAUGGGUCGCAACCCAUCCCCCAACGAUUGCCGACGGAUCGAGAAGUCUCGGAGAUGCUUGCAAAUGUCGACUUGAUCAAGCGCUCUCUCGAACAGGUCAAGGACGCGGUGCAGGCGUCCAUUCAAAGCGAGCGGGCCCGCGAAGGGACCAAGGUCAAGGGCACGUACGAAGAGGACCACGACAUUCCCAUGUACGGGGACGGCAUGAAACCCCAAUAUGCCAUGCAGCACGAGGUCAAGAAGAGACGAGGCCGAGCCGCUCCGCCCGGGCGAUGCCAUAGCUGCAACAGGAUCGACACACCCGAGUGGAGGCGAGGUCCCGACGGGGCUAGGACGCUAUGCAACGCGUGCGGCUUGCACUACGCGAAACUGGAACGGAAGCGGCAACUGGAGGCGCGGUCCAUACGGCCGAAGCCUGAGGACCGGUCAUGA